CCCGAGCAGAGCAGCUCAGAUCAGACUUCACACUCGAACAUACAUAUUCUCUCUCUCUAUUUUUUUUUUCUUUCUCAUUCUCUCACACAAACACAAACUUUUAAAAAAUGGCUCUUUAUCGGAACAUCACAGGCACGAGUCCCAUGGAUUACGGUUCGGAAGCUCGCGCGCACAAAGCCGGGACGGUGAUAGACGAGCGGCUGGACAGCGGGCUGGACUCCCUGCGCGAGGACGACACGGAGGAUUACUGUAGCUCGCGCGACUCAUCCGUGGUCGACGACUUCGCGAGGCUGAACGUAGACGGAGCGCACGAGGAGCGCUGGAGGACCGAGAUCACGGAAGACGGAGACACGUAUUUGCAUCUGGCGAUCAUUCACGAAGCCCAAGACAUGGCGCUGAAAAUGAUCGAAAUGUCCGUCAAGCACCCGUUCCUGAACAAACAGAACUACCAGAGACAGACGGCGCUGCACUUGGCCGUGAUCACAGAGCAGCCUCUGGUGGUGGAGCGUCUGCUGAAGGCCGGCUGCGACCCCAUGUUAGUAGACAACAAUGGCAACACGGCCCUGCACAUGGCCUGCAGGACGGGAUCGCUCGCGUGUUUCGGUCUCCUCACGCAAAACUGCUCGGCGGUUCUGCCUUCCAUCCUGCAGACACCCAACUACAGCGGUCAGAAAUGCUUACACGUGGUGGCUGUACACGGUUUUCUCUCGUUGGUGGAGAGCCUCAUCUCUUUUGGAGCAGAUAUCAACGAACAGGAGCAGUGUAACGGCAGGACGGCUCUCCACUUAGCUGUGGACCUGCAGAACCUCGACCUGGUGAAGCUCCUGAUCAGCAAAGGCGCUGACGUGAACAGCUUGACGUACGGCGGCCACUCGGCGUAUCAUCUCACGCACGGACGCCAGAACAUCGACAUCCAGAAAGCGCUGCACGACGUCACGGAUCAGGACCUGCGCGAUCUGCCCGAGAGCGAGUGCGAGGACAGCGAGGACGAAUACGACUACGACUUCGACAGCAACGAGCUGCAGUCUGACGAUGAGUACGACGACAUUAAAGUGAUGGGGCAGGAGUAGAGAAGUGGUUCGGAGAGUCGAAGACGAUUAAAAAUCUUCCGAGGAGACGCAGGACAAAAGGCUACAGGAGGACAUACCGAGAUAGACGUGACCCUGAGCCGAGAACACGCAGGCGGAAGACCGCGGACAGACGCCGAGCGGAAACGUGCAGGAAGAAAAGAUGAAAAACGGAAGAAGAGAGAAGACGCCAGGCGUGCUGUUUAGGCGUGUGUGCGCCGAUACUGGGUUUUAGUAUCAUAAUUAUCCAACAAUAUAUCAUGGUUUACGAUCGUAUCGUGAAAGGGCACGUGUCCCAACGUAAAAACGUCCAAAAUACGGACACUUGGAAGACAACUGGGACGAUACGGUGCGUUAAAUAUCGUGGCGUAUCGUAUAACUGAUAAUCGGCGCAUGCCUGGAGUCUGGACUGAAGCUCCGCCCCCUGCAGUGCUGUUGUAUUAAACUGUAAUAUAUUGUGUAUAGACAGAUUUAUUUUUAUAUAUGGUGUAUAGAUGUGUAUCCUGUUCUAUGCAGUUGGAAAUUCCGAAAUGUUCUGCUAAAUUAAAACCCCGUAAUUGCGCA